AUGUCUCAAACCAACGGCUUGACAAAACUUGCCUACUCCCGCACCUGGCACCACAUCUCUGCCAGCACCCCCCACCACGCCCUCUCCACCAUCCGACCCCUCCCUCACCCGCAAUCCCUCACCCUCACACCCCCCUCCCUGGGCCGCCUGGCGUCCCGAAUAGCAGUCCUCCUCAUGGGCAAGCACAAACCGAUCUGGGACCCGUCCACCGACUGCGGCGACUACGUCGUAGUAACAAACUGCAAUGCCUUACACACAACCGGCAAGAAACGCUGGCAGAAAACAUACUAUCGCCAUAACACCAGACCGGGGAGUUUGAAGAGUGUUACGAUGGAUGAGUUGAUGAAGAAGCUUGGAGGCGCGGAGGUAUUGAGGAAGGCUGUUAGUGGGAUGUUGCCGAAGAAUAGGCUGAGGGAUGAUAGAUUGAGUCGGUUGAAGGCGUUUGAGGGCGAGGCGCAUCCGUAUAAGGCGAACAUUGUCAGGUUUAAUGGGAAGAGUAGGAUUGCGCAGUGGCCGACCGGGGUGGAGGAGCCGGUGGGGACGGAGGCGAGAUUAUGA